UUCUGUAACUAGUCCAUUGGUCUGCUGCACAAAGCACAAUGUCUCGAUUCCAACAACCCCCCCUUGUGACAGGCAUCUCUCCAAAUGAAGGCAUCCCAUGGACGAAGGUCACAAUUCGAGGGGAGAACCUGGGCAUUGGCCCCAUUGAUCUCAUCGGCUUGACAAUUUGUGGACAUAACUGCCUCUUGACUGCAGAAUGGAUGUCUGCGAGUAAAAUAGUAUGUCGAGUGGGACAAGCAAAAAAUGACAAAGGAGACAUUAUUGUCACAACCAAGUCAGGUGGCAAAGGAACCUCAACAGUCUCUUUCAAGCUACUGAAACCUGAAAAAAUAGGUAUUCUGGACCAGUCUGCUUGUGUGGUUGAUGAAAUGAAUUAUUAUGACAUGCGUACUGACAGGAACAAGGAAUUCCUCUUUGUCCUUCCGCCCUGCGAACCCUCUUGGCAUUGA